GAAGCUGAAGCAGUUACAGAUGAACUCAAAGAGGAGACAGUACUUCUCUCUGAAGUGGAUGCUGCUAAAGCUGAACAUGUUCAAGAGUCAGAAGUACUAGAAAUUGUACAAACACCCACAUUAGCUUCAGAGGCAGGCAGCCUAACGUCAGAAGAUAUUCCAACAGUGGAAACAGUAACCGAUGAACCCAAACAGGAAAAUGAAGUGAAGGUUGAGCCAGAAGAAAAACCACAAGUGGAAGCUGCCAAAACUGAACCAGAAGCAUUAACAUCUGAUGUAAAAGAUAUUGUAACUGAUACCAAAACUGAGGAAGAGGCAUUGAUGGUUGAGCAUGAAGUCACAGAAAGUAUUGAGGAAGACAGUCCUCAGGAAUCUGAGAAGGAUGAAACUGAAAGGGAAGUUGUGGGCAACCUGGAUCAGACUCUAGAGAUAACAGAGGAUCAGAAAAGUGAGAGAAUCCCACAAGCUGUUCAGCUCGAGCAGGAAGAUGGCAUCCUUGAAGUUGUAGACAGGUUACAAACAUUAAGAGCAGUUCUUGUAUCCUCUGUUAAUGAGGAAGCAAUUAAUGUUCAGGUCCUAGAAAAUGCUGUUUCUUAUGAUGAAACCUCAGCACCUUAUGCAGACAACGCUGCAGUUACAGAAGAGUCCAAACAUGAAGUGCUUCUCAGUGCAGCACAAGUCAGUGUUGAGUGUGAAAGAGAAAGUGAACUUCCAGGCACUGAGAUAGAGACCACACAAGCUGAGCAUGUCUCAGCAGCGCAAGCGAUCACAUGCGAUCUCAAAGAUGUCUCAGUGGCAAUACCUGCUGUUUUCAUAGAGAAAACAUCAGAAAUGACCGAACCCUUGAUAAGCACAAAGGUAAGCGAGGAAGUGUUCAAAGAGGAAGUCGAGGCUGCCACACCACUGGUGACAGAAUAUGUGGCCGAGACAGCAGAGGAAGGCAGUUCAGUUGUGAUGAUGCACCUGCCAUCAGUAAUGUUUGUGGACAAUCACAGUAUUCAAGUGCAGGUGGUCGAUGUUACCAUAACAUCGGCAGAAACAAUCGUGGACUCGGUGCUAGAGGUAGGGCAAACAGAAGCUAAAGAAGUCAUAGAUGUUUGUCCUGAAACUAUUAAAGAGGUAGACAACGUGUCUGCAACUCCAGGCACUGAAGAGGAAUUAACCGAGGAAAACAAGGUGACAAUUCAAGAAGUUAUUCAACACGUAAAGGAGAAAUUACCAGAGACACUACCUGAACCCGUUAACUUGGAACAAGAAGUUAUUAAACAGCCAGAUGCUGUGGCAAAAAUGAGUGAGACGGUUGAAAGCGAAUCAAAUGAAGAAGAGGAUCAAAAAGAAACGGAGGAUAGUAUUGGUGCAUUCAGGGAAAGAAAAGAUGAAGUGCCAGCUGAGAUCACUGAUGACAUUUCAACUGAAAAGCAAGUCUCUCUAGAGCUCAUGCAAACACCUGAUAUUCCUGGAAGUUUAGAUGUUUCUAUCCAUGAUCACGAAGAGGAUUUGGAGGAAACUAAACCAGAAAAGGAAAAAUCAGAAAAAGGCAUUACAGCAGAAGUUGUCAAAUUGCCAUCAGAAGAAUUAGAAGUGGAAAAAAUUCCUGAACAAGCACAAAUUUCACAAACUGCUCCAAGUGCAAUUGUACCAACUAGUAACACUGGAUUAGUAGUCCCCCAAAACACUGGAAUAAUCUCAUCAACAGGUAACGUGGAGUCUCCGUCAAGUCUUUCUUUAGAAUUCAAACUUAACAUACAGUUUGGUCAAGGAAGGGCACCAGCUUCCCUACCACCUACAACAGAGAGAACCGCACCUGUGAAACAGAAAGACAUGUCUGAGGUUGGAGUUCAGGUCGCAGAGGCAGAAGAACCCGCAAAACCAAUGAGUCCAACACCAACAGCUGAGAGCCAAAAGCAGACAGAGUUGAGUGAAGCUGAGGUGACCACAAACAAACCUGUACUGCUGAAUGUCGCCAUCCAAGCGAUGGAAACAGCAGAACCAGUAGAACAAUUCAAACCAACAGACACAGCAACAUCAAGUGUCCAGGCAACAGGAACAAUACAACCAGUAAGACCAACAGAGAAAGGAGAACUGUUCCUGAGUCCACCAGUGCACCCUGAAGCCCGUGACCAGGAAACAAAAGAAAAAGAGCCCGUUAAUCAAACAGAGGAGGAAAAUGAUCAGGAUGUGUGGAUGGAUGCUGAGGAAGUCAUUUACACUCAAGAGGAAACAGAGGUGUCCCUCCUUCAGGCGGAAGAUAAUCCAGAACCUCAGACUGCAAGUGAGCAAGACGAAAAGGCAGGACUUGAGGCUGAAAAGGCUCCUAUUUCCAAGAGUGAGGAAGAAGAACGUCAACAGGAAAUGUGCAAAACAGGAGGAACAUGUCAAAUUGAGAGUGAAGAUGAAGAUUUUGCUGUUGCACUUGAGCACCCUGAAACUGUGAGCGUCACCACACUGGAGUGAGAUUAAUUUCUGUCUCGACUUCAGCGUCACUAAACGGUUGGACAAUCAAAAAGGAAGUCACUUAAAUUUGUGAGAAGUUUUCAAAAAGCCAUCAGUGUGUGCGAGUGUGUGUGUGAAAGAGAGUAAUGAGAGAUCUGGCAAGAGAAGCAUCGACUGGAAAAGUGCUAACCUUCUCAGGGGAAUGCAGUGUAAUUAUAAGGUUUGACAGUGAGCUACAGCCAUUACAAAAUUGUGUUUUUCAAUGCAUCUAAUGAGUUUACUAAGUAGUGCAGUUUUUAUUACUAAUCAUGUUAGGUCUUGUCAAUCAUAAACUUAGCUACUAGUUUAUCAGCAUAUGUAGAAACACUACAUAGAAAAAAGUAUUGGGACACACCUCUUAAUUAUUGAAUUCAGGUAUGGUAUGGUUUUCAGGGUUCGGGCUCGGCCCCUGACUUCCAGUGAAGGGGAAUCUUAAUGCUUCAGCACACCAAGACAUUUUGGACAAUGCUAUGCUUCCAACUUUGUGGCAACAGUUUGUUGAAGGCCCUUUUCUAUUCCAGCA